UUCAUUGAAGCAGUCAGUGCUGCCAGAAGCAGUUUCUCCAGCCUUAUAGAGCUCUCCUUCUAACGCAUUUUAACCACAUUUACAAGGUGAAUCCGUCGCUCUCUUUCGUCGUUUUUCACUUUUUAACACAGUUGUGCCGCAGCUGUCGAAACAGUCCCUGUGAUGUGUGUUUACUCACCACAGACUCCAGAAUGAGUAAAAACAGCAAAGUGUUGAACCUGAAGGAUAAAAUCAGUGGGAAUGAAGUGGACCUGAGCUUGUGUAAUCUCACUGAGGUGCCAGUCAGGGAGCUGGCCCUGUUCCCCAAAGUAACAGUUGUGGACUUAUCUUGUAACAACAUUACCUCCCUUCCUCCAGAGUUCUGCAACCUGACCCACCUAGUGAAGGUAGAUCUGAGUAAAAACCAGCUGAGCAGUCUGCCAGAUGACAUGGGGAACCUGAUGAACCUUCAGCAUCUAGAUCUGUACAACAAUAAGCUGACAAAUCUGCCAGUGAGCUUCUCUCAGCUCAGGAGUCUCAAAUGGUUGGACCUAAAGGAUAACCCACUGGAGCUUGGCCUGGCCAAGGCAGCAGGAGACUGUCUGGAUGAGAAACAGUGCAAACAGUGCGCCACUAAGGUUCUGCAGCACAUGAGAGCCAUUCAGGAGGAGGUCGAUCAUGCUCGAGAGAAACGACUUUUAAGAGAAAAAGAGCUGGAGAGGAAGAGGGAGGCGAAGCAGAGGGAGCGGGAGGCCAGAGAGAGGGAGGCUCGCAAACGGGAAAAGGCAGAGGAGAAGGAGAAGAGGAGGAAAGAGUACAAUGCUCAGAAGGCAGCACUGGCUGCACAAGAGCAACAGAAGAAGAAAAGUGAGGAGAAGAAGAAGAAGAACGGACAGGCAGCAGCAGAUAAAAAGGUCGCUGUGGAGUCUAAGCCUAAACCUCGCCGUUCUGUCAUUGGUCUGAUCUUCAAGCUCCUUCUGCUGCUGCUCGUGGGAUUGGCCGGAGUCGCCGCUGUCUGUCGCCUGACUGACCUGCAAAAGGAAGCUUUCUGUCUGCCGAUAAACGCCGCAGUGGACGACGGCCUAUCCUGGGCCAAAGAGCAGCAGGUUGUGCUCAGACAGCUGGUGCAGAAUCUGUCGACUGCAGCGAAAGAGCUUCUCGAAUCCACACAAACAUCUAAGAACUAAAUACUCAUGCCUCCAUCAAAGCUCAGAGUUCCAGGUUUUCCACUAUCACCUGUGAACCAAGGGAUUUUGUUUGUUUGUUUUUUAAAUAUGAGAAAUCAUGAGUCUCAUUAAAGUGGGUAACCCUG